AUGGCAGCUGUUUUGCUAUGGUUUUUAUAUGCAAUCACUCUCACUCUCAGUUCAUGCAUGGGAUACAAACACAUGAAUGUUCUCUGCAAUGGGAAAGAUGAACAUGAACUUCUAGUAUUUAAGCAAAGCAUCAAGGACCCCUUGAAGUGGCUCUCAUCAUGGUCCACUGAAGAAGAUUGUUGCAAUUGGACUGGUGUUCAGUGUGACAACAUCACAGGUAGAGUCUCAAAGCUUGACCUUCAUUGUCCCCUUGGUGAUGUUCAAUGUUUAGAGGGUGAAAUAAACUUUUCUAUAUUGUUCAAACUCGAAUUCCUAAGCUUCUUGGACUUGAGCUUCAAUAACUUUAAGACUAUUAAUUUUCCACCUAUUCAUUCUGUCAAUUUCUCCAAUCUCCUAUAUUUGGACUUGUCAAUGAACUAUAAUCUCCAUAUGGAGAAUCUUGGGUGGCUUUCAUGUCUUUCAUCUUUAAAAUAUCUAAACCUGAGUGGUAUAUUUCUCAAGAAUGAAACACUUUGGCUUCAACAAAUGACUAUGCUCCCUUCACUCAUGGAAUUAAGGCUGAGUGGUUGUUCCCUUAAUGGUGACAAUCUUUCUCCUGGGUAUGUCAAUUUUACUUCACUUGUAGUUCUUGAUGUUUUCAACAAUUCUUUCCACUCUGAGAUACCCAAAUGGCUAUUUAAUCUUCAACAUUUGAGGUCUUUAAUUUUGGGAAGCAAUUGUCUAAAAGGAGAUAUUCCUAAAUGGAUGGGUCAAUACACGUGUUUAAAACAGCUUGAUCUUUCUAACAAUUCCUUGUCUGGUCCCAUUCCUUCAACCUUUGGAAAUCUAUCAUCAUUGAAAUCUUUAGAUGUUAGUUUUAAUUACUUGAAUGGUAAUCUUCCAAGAGAUAUUUGGAAACUUUCCAAAUUGGAGGUUUUAUCCAUUGAGUAUAAUUCCUUUUCAGGCAUCAUAUCUGAACUUAGCUUCACAAACCUUUCAAACUUGAAGUCAUUAAGCCUUGAUUCCUCUGAUUUUAUUUUUGAUUUGGGUUCCCACUGGCAACCCGCUUUCCAGCUUGAAAAGAUUAGCAUGAGCUAUUGCAAUGUAGGUCCUAUGUUUCCUUCAUGGCUAUAUUCACAAAGAUCUCUUUCUUAUCUUGACAUUUCAAGUUCAGGGCUUUCAUUCAAUGUCCAUGAGGAUUUAAAUUUCUGGAGUUUUGUUGCACAAAUUGACAAUCUGUUUUUAUCCCACAAUUCAAUCAGUGGGGACAUAUCUACCACAUUGAUCAACAACACUCGAAUUGAUCUAAAAUGGAAUAACUUCAAUGGCAAGUUACCCCAUUUGUCUCCUAAAGUUAUCUUCUUUGACAUAUUUAACAACAGCUUCUCAGGACCCAUUUUUCCAUUCCUAUGUCAAAGCAUGACAAGGGAACAUCACUUAGCUGUUUUGGACAUGUCACACAAUCUUUUAUCUGGAGAGUUGCCAAACUGUUGGAUGAAGUGGCGAUCUUUGAUCCAUGUGAAUUUAGGGAGCAAUAAUCUAUUUGGUAAAAUUCCUGAUUCUAUUGGCUCGUUGACUCAACUUCAAACCUUGCGAGUUCGUAAUAAUAGGUUGUUUGGAAAUAUACCAACUUCACUCAAAAGUUGCAAGGAGCUGUGGUACCUUGAUUUGGGGUUGAAUGAGUUCACAGGGAAUAUACCAACUUGUACUUGA